AUGACAGGAGAGCAGAUCUCUGUGCCCAGUAGUCCUAAAAAUGGUGAGCAUCAUUCUGUUGAUGAACCAAUUCCAAAGGUUAGUAACAGACACAAAUUGGGAACAAUGAUAGGAGUCUUUAUUCCAUGCUUGCAAAACAUUCUGGGAAUCAUCUACUACAUCCGAUUUUCUUGGAUGAAAGGUCUUCCUAUAGUGUUUGAUAGUGGAAGUACCUACACUUACUUUAGUGGAGAAUCUUCUAAAGCUCUAUAUUCCAUGCUUAUGAACGAUAUGAAAGGAAAGAAGGUUUAUAUAACAAAUGAAGAUAAAAGCCUCCCAGUAUGCUGGAAAGGGUCAAAACCUUUCAAGUCAAUUUAUGAUGUCAAAAACUUAUUCGAGCCAUUAAUUUCGAAGUUCAAAAAGUCAAAGUUGCAGUUGAACCCUGAAUCAUAUCUCAUCAUCAGUAAAAAACGGAAACACCUGCUUUGGGAUUUUAAACGGUUCAGAAACAUAUCAUUUCAAGACAAAAUCAUCAUUUACAACAAUGAGAAACAGCAGAUUGGAUGGACUCCUGCAAACUGCAACAGGCUCCCAAAGAUUGUUGGCAUCGCUGGCAUAAAAAGAAAUCAAAAGAAUUAUCAUAUCUUUAUGCCACACAAGAGUUUUCAGCACACAAUGGUUACGUCUCAAUCAUAA